AUGCAGCCAGUAUCUCUCCUCAUCGGCCUCAUCGGCCUGAGUGCGACUGCUUCUUGCGCCCCCACAACCGGGAGAACAAGCGCCCCAUCCGGCUGUCUAACUGUCGGGUCGAGUGGUAAUUAUUCCAAGAUCGGCGAUGCCCUCGACGCCCUCGGAUCCUCGACAGCCUCAGCAUGCAUCUACAUUGCCAGCGGGACAUACGAGGAACAAUUGACGAUCCAGUACCCGGGCAACCUGACCCUCUACGGCGAAACAACAGACACCAGCACAUACAAGCAGAACACAGUCAACAUCACGCAUACCAUUUCCUCGCCUGAGGCAGGAUCGCUGGUUGCAAGCGCUACUGUUGAUGCGGAGUCGGAUGGACUUACGAUGUACAAUAUCAAUAUUGAGAAUGGAUUCGGGGAGGGUCAUCAGGCUGUUGCGCUUGUCGCAAAUGGAGAUAGACAGGGCUACUAUGCAUGCCAGUUUCUGGGAUACCAGGACACGCUCUACGCCAAAGGGGGUACCCAGUACUACUCCAACUCUUUGGUAAAGGGCGCCGUGGACUACAUCUUCGGCGCAUCCUCCGCCUGGUUCAACAACUGCGACAUCGUAUCCAACGGAAAGGGGUAUAUAACCGCCAUGUCUCGCGAGGAAGAAACCGACACAGCCUGGUACGCCUUUGACUCGUGCAACAUCAAAGCCGCGUCCGGCAAAGAUCUGACUGGGGAGGUGUAUCUCGGUCGUCCGUGGCGAGUCCUCGCUCGCGUCAUCUAUCAGAACAGCGUGCUGAGUGAUAUUAUCAAUGAAAAGGGCUGGACUACGAUGGCGGAUGGGGCUACGCCGUCGUAUUAUGAGAUUGAUAAUUCUGGGGAUGGAGCGGAUACGUCGAAGAGGGAGUAUGAGUCGACCAUUGAUGCGCCUGUUACGAGGGAGACGGUGCUUGGGGGUGAUUAUCAGGGGUGGAUUGAUGGGAGUUAUUGA